ACUCUCACCCGCAGAAUGUCCUACACCCGUACCAAACCCUCCGACAACGUCUCCCAAACCCAGGCCCGUCUUGCCCAUAUCCAAGCCCAUUUCCUCACCCGGGAGCCGAAGCUCCAGGGGAAAGUGUGCGUUAUCACCGGGGUAGGGUCGGUCAAAGGUAUUGGGAGAGCAAGCGCGUUCCUCUUCGCGCGGGAAGGGGCCAAACACCUCUAUUUGCUAGACUUUGACGGGUCUAACCUGCCCUCUCUCGCGCACGAGCUGAAGGAAAAGUUCCCGGACGUCAAGGUCACGAUAUUUCAAGGUGACGCAGCUGACGAACUGCUCGUUGCUCGGAUCUGCCGUCAAGCGGUAGAAGAAGAAUCCAGGCUAGACGUCUUCUUCGCCAACGCGGGGAUAGCCACCUCCCAGUUCUUGCCCGACGUCUCAGCAGAGGGGUUCAUGCAUACCCUCCGGGUGAACACGCUUUCCUGUUUUUUGGCGGUGAAGCAUGCUUCGGAGUGGAUGAGACGGACUUCGGAAUCGAAGAUCGAGGGAGGGGGGAGUAUUAUCCUUACUGCUUCUAUAUCGGGGCUGCGUUCAGGCGCGGGGACGGUAGACUACAGCGCAAGUAAAGCCGCAGUGAACUCGAUCGCCAUGACCUCUGCAUACCAACUCCAGCGUACGAACAUCCGGGUCAACUCGCUCUGUCCCGGGCUUAUAGAGACGGGGAUGACGACUACGACAUUUGACUACGCUAGGUCUAGGGGUAACGAAGCGAAACUAGGGCAGCUGAACCCCCUGGGGAGGUAUGGGGUUUCCGAAGAGAUCGCCCAAAUGGCACUGUUUCUCGCUUCCGAUGACGCGAGCUACGUGAAUGGACAGAAUAUUGCUGUUGAUGGAGGGCUGUCGAGUUCGCAUCCUGUGAUUCCAGGGAGGUGGGCUUGAGCAUGGGUGGGGAGACAAGGCUGGUGCGUGGAUGGGUGUAUGGAUAGG